UACCCCCCCAGGUUUUCUCUCUAAUCCAUCCAUUUUAUUCUUUUUCCUUCAGAUCCCGAAAUUUUCCCAUCAUUUUCCUUUUUCGUACUUUCCCGAGAAACAAACAAGAGAAAGUUAGAACAAAAUGAGGGAAAUUCUACACAUCCAGGGCGGUCAAUGUGGGAACCAGAUCGGCGCGAAGUUCUGGGAGGUGAUCUGCGACGAGCAUGGCAUUGACCACACCGGAAGGUACAACGGCGAUUCGGAGCUCCAGCUCGAGCGUAUCAACGUUUACUACAACGAGGCCAGUGGCGGCAGGUACGUCCCACGCGCCGUUCUUAUGGAUCUGGAGCCUGGUACCAUGGACUCGGUUAGAUCAGGCCCAUAUGGACAGAUCUUCAGGCCGGAUAACUUCGUGUUUGGGCAGUCCGGUGCUGGGAAUAACUGGGCGAAGGGACAUUACACCGAAGGUGCUGAGCUAAUUGAUUCUGUGCUCGAUGUUGUUCGCAAAGAGGCCGAGAAUUGCGAUUGCUUGCAGGGAUUCCAAGUUUGCCAUUCAUUGGGUGGCGGCACUGGCUCUGGCAUGGGAACUCUUCUUAUCUCCAAAAUCAGGGAGGAGUACCCAGAUCGGAUGAUGUUGACAUUUUCUGUCUUCCCAUCUCCCAAGGUGUCUGACACAGUUGUUGAGCCAUAUAAUGCCACUCUCUCGGUGCAUCAGCUUGUUGAAAAUGCUGAUGAGUGUAUGGUUCUGGAUAAUGAGGCUCUGUAUGACAUCUGCUUCCGAACUCUAAAGCUUGCCACUCCUACUUUUGGUGAUCUCAACCAUCUGAUUUCUGCUACGAUGAGUGGUGUCACAUGUUGUCUCCGGUUCCCUGGACAGCUAAAUUCUGACCUUCGGAAGCUUGCAGUUAACCUUAUUCCUUUCCCUCGUUUGCAUUUCUUCAUGGUUGGGUUUGCACCCUUAACAUCAAGAGGAUCCCAGCAAUACCGUGCCUUAACUGUGCCCGAAUUAACCCAGCAAAUGUGGGAUGCCAAAAACAUGAUGUGUGCUGCUGAUCCACGCCAUGGUCGGUACCUUACUGCAUCUGCCAUGUUCCGUGGGAAGAUGAGCACAAAAGAAGUUGAUGAACAGAUGAUUAAUGUCCAGAACAAGAACUCCUCCUACUUUGUUGAAUGGAUACCCAAUAAUGUGAAGUCUAGUGUGUGUGAUAUCCCACCCAAGGGUUUGAAGAUGGCAUCCACUUUCAUUGGAAAUUCAACUUCGAUUCAGGAGAUGUUCCGCAGGGUCAGUGAGCAGUUCACAGCAAUGUUUAGGCGCAAGGCUUUCUUGCAUUGGUAUACCGGUGAGGGAAUGGAUGAGAUGGAGUUUACUGAGGCAGAGAGCAACAUGAAUGAUCUGGUGGCAGAGUACCAGCAAUACCAGGAUGCGACUGCUGAUGACGAAGAGUACGAGGAGGAAGAAGUGGAGAUUGUUGGUUGAUGUUGUAUCUUUGUAGGUUUUUUCAGUCUGUCUAAAUUGGUAUAUGUUUUUAUUGGCUUACUUUCGGGGAGUGAUUGUCUGUUGUCGCUCAGUCAAAUUAGCUUUUGACAUAUGUUAAUGUGUAUGAUUGUUGGUCUUCCUUGUAUAAGAGAUGGGUUUUGGUGACACUGCAUUUGUUUUGGAAUUGAAUGGUGAUAUUUGUAUCUAGCAGCUUAUCUACGACGUGAAGCUUUAUUUUUUUC